AUGGAUCAGGACAUGAGGAAGUGGAUCGAGAAGCAGAGGCAGCUGGCGCGCGAGGGCAAGCUGCCCAAGGAGCGCUUGGACGUGCUCGCUCUUGUGGAUGUCCCCUUCGAACGCAGCUGCCGAGAGGAAAAGGGAAUGGCCGUGGACGAAGACGAGGAGGAAGAGGAAGAGGAGGUGCAAGAUCCCGACUACGAUUCAGAAGCAAGCGAUGAAGAUUUGGACUCGUACGAUACUCUCGAAUCCAGCUACAGCGACUCUGCAACCGAUUCAGAUGAUGAAGACGACAACGCUGAAGAUUGGCAGGAAGCCUCUGCGCCCUCUCCGGCGACGGCAACCCAACGACCUCGAGCCUCCCAGACUUCGUCGACGUUCCAGGCCCUGAGCAGCAGGCGCCGGGGAUUGUUCGGGAACAGCGCGAGGCGAGGCACGCCACCCGCGACGUCAACCGAGCGGACCACCACCAACUCAACUGCGACGGUUGGCGCGAAGAAGCGACGACGGGACGAUGACGCCGCCAAGCCUUGCUUGCCGCGAUCGCUGCAGGGAUCGUCCAGGCGGAGCCACUCGGCGAGCUCCUCUCCGUUGAAGAAAUGGAGGACCUCCUCGCCCGACAGCGCGGACGACAUCAGGCCUGUCCCUGACGGCCACAACCGGAGCGAGCGCGACCGUAGGCGUGGCCGUCGAGCGCCGACCGAACGAGGCGAGAGCGGUACAGCUUCGGUGGAGGAGAGCCGCCACUUGGCCGCCGCCGAUGCCCACGCUGAAGAAGAGUUCAGCAGCGCCAGCGACGACGAAGCAGACGACGACGAUAGCAACCCGCUGGAGGAAAUGUCGACCCUGAUCGCCAAGGCCAUGUACCUCGAGUCUAUCCUCGAUUGGAUCUGA